UGGCCUUUGGGACUGAAAGCUUCUAGAAACUUGAGAAAUGCAAAGUUGUGAUAUUUCGACCGAGUUGGUUCCGGGUUUACCCGAUGAACUCAGUCUUGAGUGCUUAACUCGGCUACCUUACACAGCUCAUAGAGUCGCCUCCCGAGUCUGUCACCGAUGGAGGGAUUUGCUCCAAAGCCAAGAUUUUUACUAUCACCGAAAAAAAUUAGGGUACACCCAGAAAGUCGCUUGCUUGGUUCAAGCCAUUAGCGGUGGAACCGUGAACGGACCUAAAAUACCGGGUGAGUUACCGAGUUAUGUAGUUGCCGUGUUUGAAUCAGUGAAUAGGUGUUGGUACAAACUUCCCCCUGUUCCCAAAUACCCAAUCGGGUUGCCUUCGUUUUGUCAAUUAGCAAGCUGUGAGGGGAAGCUUGUGGUGUUGGGCGGGUGGAACCCAGUGAGCUACGACCCGGUUACCGACGUUUUUAUCUACGAUUUCACGGCUCAGCAAUGGAGUCAAGGGAAGGAUAUGCCAUCGAAAAGGUCUUUCUUUGCGGUUGGAGCAUGUUCGGGUCGUGUCUAUAUUGCGGGCGGGCAUGACGAGAACAAGAACGCGCUGAGAACGGCGUGGGUUUAUGAUUUGAUAAACGACGAGUGGACUCAGCUGGGUGAGCUGAGUAAAGAGCGUGACGAGUGUGAAGGCGUAGUGAUCGGGGAAGACGAAUUCUGGGUUGUGAGUGGGUACGGUACGGAGAGUCAAGGUCAGUUCGACGGGAGUGCUGACGUUUACGAGUUCAAGUCGGGUCAAUGGAGGGUGGCGGAAGGUGUUUGGGAACCAGGUCGGUGCCCGAGAUCGAGUGCUGGGAUUGGAAAAGACGGGAAAUUGAUAGACUGGGCGGAGUUGGACCCUGUCGUUCGGGUCGGGUCGCGCGGGAUUACGCUUGGGGAUCUGGUCUUGGUCACCGGGUCGGAGUAUCAAGGUGGACCGCACGGGUUUUAUAUGGUGGAACUCAAGGGGGAGCAAAAUGGUAAAUUGAAAAAAAUCAGUGUGCCUGAUGAGUUUUCAGGGUUUGUCCAGUCGGGCUGUUGUGCGGAAAUCUGAUUAAGGCAGAAAACAAUGCAAAACUGUUGCUAAUUUCUGUUUUACUAC